UCCAGUCAAUCCAAAACAACCGUUCUCCAUGUGCUUCUGCGUGUGAUCCCCCGCAGCGGACUGACGUCCUUCGCAACAUCAACAUUGCAUUGAAAUGAUUUUCAUCCGGAGUAUCAACAACAGAGUUGCUUUGGUUUGUGUAGAUAGCGUCUACAUAUACGAAACGGCAAAUGGAGGAUUCGUCAAGGCACGGCUGACAAUUCCCGACACCAGUUCGCAAGCUACCUCUGCUAGGAGCGAAGAGGACGCAGACGAAGAGAGUCCAGCGAAAGAGCAGACGGACCAAGGGUUCUCUUGCGGCAACUUCUCUUCGUGCUCGAGUUACUUCCUGGCAGUUUCUGCAAAGAAAGAGCUUCUUGCGUGGAAGAGAAGUGACGCUGGCAAAUGGGAUCUCUUCUGCCAGAGGAUCCUGGCCCGCAAGUGUGUUCAAGUGCGGAUGUGCACCACCCGCAACACGGCGGUUGUCGCUGACCGGGCCGGCGACGUGUACGCCUUCGAACUGGACCAGGCGGCACCUUCCUCCGGCACUCUUCUGCUGGGGCGCCUCUCCAUGGCAUUAGACAUGGUGAUUGGGGAGGAAGACCAGUUCCUGGCCGUCUGCGACCGUGACGAGAAAAUCCAGGUGUCCCGUUUCCCAAACUGCUACAACAUUUCCACCUUCUGCCUGGGACACACGCAAUUUGUCUCGUGUCUGGCCCUAUUACCCAAUCACCCCGAAGUGUUAGUGUCCGGGUCAGGGGACGGCACAGUGCGAGUCUGGUGCCGCGACACCGGACGCCAAUUGCACCGAUUAGACCUCGGCGCUCUGGUGAAUCGAGGCGAAGAGAGCGAACGAGAGCCUGCCGUGUGUCGUCUAGCCGUGCUUCCCUCCGAUGACACUCUCGCGUGCCUACUCGACGGGACGUGCGACAUCCUUCUGCUGAAAUGGGAGGCAGACUGCCUCCGAUGGUGCAGCGGGUGGAGCACUGCUCGCCACCUCGGGACGUGUGCUUUGACGAAGAGGGCUCCCUCUGGGUCGUGGGCACAGAUGCGUCGAACCCAGUCUGUUUGUACAGCCCUGCGACUGGACCCACGGUGAGCGAUCGCUUGCACUGCGACGACAAAAUUAUGGUUGCUAAAUUU